AUCGCUUCAACAAGGACUACUUCGAAACUUAAAAUAUAAUUGCAUUUAUUUCUUUUUGGUGUACGGAUUAUUUUCUCUAAUGCAAUGUUGCUUAUUUUUGUAAUUAUCCACUCUUUUGGAACAGUUCAAAGUUUAGGAAAUGAAUUUGCGACAUCUUUUUUCGAGAUAGAGAAAGUUUUUCAAUUUCCCAAAAAUGACCCUUCUCUUUUUUUGAUUCAAGCAAAGUCAUUGAUUUCAUGCAGUUUUCAUUGUCAGAAAUUAAAUUCGCCAUCGUUUUACUAUUUUGAAAAUAAUGCAACAUGUUUCUGCUGUUCCGGUCAUGACAAUUACACUGGUGAGGAGGGGCAGACUGACAAUGAAAUUAUCCAUGGGAAAAGAACAGAGACGGUGUCAACAACGUAUACUCAAGUAGGCAGUUUAAAGACAAAAAGAAUACACAAACAACCAGAGCCAAUUGACUGCCUUGAGCUUUUUCAACAAGGCUAUACUGAAGACGGUGUUUAUGUGAUCAAACCAACGGGAAGUUCUACUACUGAUGUGUGGUGUGAUAUGACCAAUGGUGGAUGGACGGUUAUACAACGCCGGCAAGACGGAUCUGAAGAUUUCUACAGAAAUUGGGAGGAAUACAAACAAGGAUUUGGGAACAGGAGUGGCGAGUAUUGGCUCGGGCUUGAAAAUAUUCAUCAUUUUACAAAAAGCAACAGUUCUCUUAACAUAUACAUGGAAACAUUUCAAAAAGACAAUAUGAAUCCGUUUUCUGCUUUUGCUGAAUAUUCCAUCUUCAAAAUUAAUGACGAGAGUGAUAAAUACAGAUUGACAGUUGGAGGAUAUCAUGGGUCGUGUGGUGAUUCCAUGUCGCCUCAUAAUAAUUGUCAAUUUUCGACCAAAGAUAAUGAUAAUGACGACCGGACAGGGAACUGUGCACAAGACUAUGGCGGAGCUUGGUGGUACAGGUCAUGUCAUACCGCGAAUCUAAAUGGGCUUUAUCUGAACGGGGUUAAUACCGAAAAUAGUCGUGGUAUUAACUGGUAUUACUGCUGGGGGUUCUAUUACUCUCUCAAGAAUGUUGUAAUGAAAAUGAGAAGAGAUAUGUAAUUUUUCUCUUAUAUUGAAUGUGUAAGAUGCUUAUAUUUUCCGUAAGAACACGGAUAUGUUAAUAAACAGUUGAUUGAACCUUUAUGUUUUAUAUCACAAACAAUUUAUAUAAAUAUAAUAGUGCCAUCACAAUUUUAGGAGACAGACAUCCCUCGUGAGUAAUGAAAUCACAAAUUAUGUCAGAUCUUCUUCUAAAAAAAUAUACUGGUAUAAGCUUGAAUUAAAUCAGCAAAGCUAUACUUCAUAGAUUUAAAUGAGCAUAUUUUUCUGUUUGUGAUUAUAUUACAAUUUGAUCAAUAGUUAUUUUAUAUUUCCAUCAUUAUAUUGAAAAAAUAUUUUACUAUCUAUUUAGAUGUAGUUUGCUUUCAAUUAUUGUCUUUUUACAGUUCUUGUAACAGGCUGGAUAACCACUUCGAGUAAAUAUUUUAUUUCGCAUAUUAUUUGGCCAUUUUAUAUUAUCUGCUUUCUUUUAUUGGGAACCAUAUACGGCAUUUCACAUAGAGAUGUGUAAGUUGCUGUUCGACAGGGCUAUAUACUGUUUGCUGGCCAAAUACCACGUUUUCUUCAUAUCCUCAAUAACAGCUCCAAACGCAUAAGUCGGACAAGUAUAUAAAUAACACAUGUUUUGUGGGUUACAGUAAAAAUAUCAUCCAGAGGAAAAUACUGUUAUCCGAGACGUAAGCCGUGGUUAACAGUAUUUUACGAGGGAUGCUAUUUUUACUGUUACUCAAAAACCAAUGUAUUAUUUAUUUUAUUACCUCGGACAAUAACUUUGAUGAUUCUUAUGAUGAUUUUAUUUUAUUUUCUUAAGAAAAAAGACAGUGUG